AUGGUCAUUCAGCACAUUCCUCGCACCGUCCAGUAUGGCUGCCAAUAUUGGGCUCUCCAUUUGAGAGACACGAACAUCUCCUCACCAGGAACGACUGAGGUAAUAAAGACCUUAAAAUUCAUCACUACCCAUCUUCUGCAUUGGAUUGAGGCCCUCGCUAUGAUUGGAAGAAUUGAUGACGCAGUUACUGGUAUUGUGAAUUUGAAGAUUGUCGCAUCAACUUCAGGGGAGCAGGAGUUCGAAAAAUUUGCCAACGAUGCCCAUCGCUUCAUCCUCUACCAUAGACAGGUCAUUGAGAAAGCACCCCUUCAAGUUUACUAUACGGCGUCUGUUUUCUCCCCAACGGAGAGUGUAGUGCGAAACACUUUUUUGGAGCACUAUCCGGCAUGGAUACGAAAGGCCCCCAACACGGGAAGCCAUUGGAGUGCAGAGGAGCAAAUUUUACAAUGUGGAUCAUCAGUCGUCAUGUCAGCAAUAUCCUUUGACGGCCAGAUGGCCGCUUGUGCGGCCAAAGAUACUAUCACUGUAUGGGAUGUCGUCACCGGAAAGUUAAAGCAUACAUUCACAUGGGAAUGUCCCAAUUUUGGUUUUGGCGGUUUUUUGAUCUUCUCUCCUGAUGGACAUGAGUUGACUGCUUUCAUUGCAUCCGAAACGCCAUCCAGAAGAAAGCGGGAAGUUUGGAGUCUCAUAACAGGAAAACAAAUUGCAGCGUUGAAGGAUAAUGGGUCCCAUUUGCCUUCAUUGUGUGACUUAAGCAGCUGGUCAUGGAAGCCUAGCUGUGGUGAUCGACAGGAGAGAGUUUCCUUCGAAGUUGGCAUCGACAAUUUGGAAUCGAAUUUGGAAUCGACUUGGAAUUUCGAUUGGGGAUUUGAUUUGGAAAUUGGUUUGGAACACACCAUAUCUGCCGAUGGCACAACAAUGGCUCUCUUUGAAAAUAGGUGUGUCCACAUUGGCAACACGCAAACAAGGCAAAUCAUCUGCACCUUGAACUGCUACUCGGUGAUAGAUGGAAUCGCGCUCUCGGCUACCAGGGCUGCCAUCUUACUAUACCAUGGUAUAAAGAUAUGGGACAUUGCCAAUAACUGCCCGGUUGAGGGUCAAAUCCGUGGGGAACAGGCUCCGAGGAAUUUCGCUUUAUCUUCCGAUGGAACAAGGCUAGCCUGCGCAUCUUCGAGGACGGUGGAGAUAUGGAACCUUGAUUUCAUGCGGAUAGAGCACGUCAUGGAAAUUCCACAUACGAAUAUAAUUUCGUCUAUUGCGUUAUUUCCUUGCGCAACAAAGGUUAUGGUUGGUUUGCAACAAUUCGGGGGGGCGCUAGUUUGGAACAUCCAACAGCGAAGUGUCUCGAGCGGGUCGAGCGCGUCUGAUGCUCCUGCCUCGAAGGAUCCGUUCUUCCUCAGCAAAGAUGGAAUCAAACUGGCUAUCGGGCAAAUUGGAUCCAGGAAAUACUGGGAUCUUAUCAAAGAUGAGCUUAUCUUGGAGCCCCAAGCUCUGCUACAGGAUGGAGCCAUGUCGUUCGAUGGGUUCGAUGGGGAAAAGAAUCACGAUGAAACAGAAGAGUGGAGGCAACGUCACCUAGGCGAAAAGUACAAAUACAAAGCACUGCGCUUUUCUUCCGACAAAACUCGUAUCUUGAUUUUUUCAUUCGAGAGUCACAGUUACGGCUUCGAAGUUAUGUCCACGGUGAAUGCACGGUGUGAGUUCGCAAGACAUCGGCCUUGCGUGAACGCGAAGAUUUGCAACGCAUGUUUGUCUCAUAAUUCGACAAAGGUGGCACUGAGGUUUCCGAAUAGGAUCGAGGUGUGGGACAUGAAUAGUGAGGACAGGAAAGAAUUCAAGGGCCAUAAAGCCAGUCCAGUAUGCAUGGCGUUUUCACCCAAAGACACAAGAAUAGCAAUCGGCUGGGAAGACAACAUCGUUUCGAUCUAUAACAUCGCCACUGGUGAGACUGAGCAAAAACUACAAGCUUCACCCGCACUGGUCUUUAGCCUCCGUUUCUCCCCUGAUGACUUGUUGGUCGAGGAGCCUUUAUAUACCGUUGACCGCUCUGUUGAGUGGAUCACUCACAACCAGAAAAGGGUUCUGGCUCUUCCUAGUAAUCUCCAUGGACAGCUAGUUUAUGCGAGGCAGCAUUCUCCCUACCUUGUUGAACAUCGGGCUAAUUCUUUGGCCUAUCGCACUGAAAGUGGCCGCCUUGCGGCUUUCGUUUUCGAACACGCGAUAGAAAUCGCGAUUUGA